AUGGACAGAAACAGAGAAUCCAGGAGAGCGAGCAUCGUCGGCUCCAAUGGCUUCAAUCGGAGAAGGCACAGAACUAACAGCGUUAGAGACUCUCCAGAUGAAGAUGGAGGAGUGGAAUUACAGGAAUCGGUGAGGCUGAGGGAGAGAGUGAAGAAAGAUCGAGAUCGGGAGAGGGAGAGAGACAGGGAGAGAGAAAGAGAUAGAGAGAGAGAAAGGGAAAGAGAUUUGAGAGAGCGGUCCAGUCGGAGUAAGAGGAGGAGAGCGGAGAGACUAGCGAGCAACAGAGAUGACACCGGCGGAGAUGAGACCUCCGAAGAGAGCCUCAACGACGACGAGGACGAGGAAUACGAAGAUAACGUCUCCUCCGGCACCGCCGGCGUCAGGAUGCUCUCUCCGGCGGUGGGUCCCGUUUCCAGCCACCACAACCACCUCGUUCACGGCGGAAGCCACCACCACAGCCAGACCAGUAGCUUUAGUCAACCACAACAGCACAACAGUAACAGCACUAGCAAUAUUGUAAGUAACAGCAGCCACCAUCUUCAGCACAGGAAAACCUUCCCUCCAAGCUCUUCGUCUUCAGCCAAGGUUCUGAGGGCGCCGCCUGUUUGGAAAUCCGGCGACGAGAUGAUAGGCGUCUCCGUUCCCAGAAAAGCUCGUUCUGCUUCUACGAAGAGGUCGCACGAUUGGAUCUCAAGCACCAGCAACAACAGCAGCGGCGGAGUUUCCGGUGGGGCAGAUCAGAAUCCGGCGCAGCCGUCAAGUUCUCCGGCGAGACCAACUCACGUUUCUGCAUCUCCUGUCACGCCCGCGGUGGCUCCACCGUCUCCAUCUUCUUCCAAUGUUUCCAUUCGAAAAAAGCUUAAACACAGCGCCAACAGCGCCGCCGGCCCUAAAUUGAAGCCGCCGAAAGUCUCAGCGUCAUCGUCAAAACCCAGCUCAUCAAACCCAGAGGAGCUUGAGAUUGAGAUUGCCGAGGUUUUAUACGGCUUGAUGACCCAGACACAAGGCCCAUCUACAUCAAAGAAAGAGGAAUCGAGAGAAGCUAAUCGGUUGAGCGUGGAUGCCAAGUCCCAUAAUUCAUCUCCGAUCCCUAAUUCAAUUCAGAAUAACAAUAAUAAUCUCAUCGCCGGAGGAGCUAAUUCCGGCGCCCUCUCCGCCGUCGCCCCAAAGAGAAAGAGGCCGAGGCAGGUACCGGAAGUCUCGAAUUUCGGCGUACGGACAAAACCCGAAACAGAUCAGGCACCAAAGAUCGAAAUAUCGUCUCCUAAUGUGGAGAAAACGGCGGGAUCUGCAUGUGAGAGUGCGUCUGAAGCCACAAGGGGCAAUCCUGUCAUUUCACAAGGACAGGCAGCCGAGCCGCCGCCUGUGUCGACAGCGCAAGUUUCGAUGAAGUUGGAAUCGGAGCUGAAGCCUGCGGCCAACGAAUUUAAAGAAAGCAGAAGUUUCAUUGCCAAGGAAGAUGUUAGCUCAUCUAAGGAGCAGGAAUCUCCUGCUGUGAGAGCCCAGGAUGCCAGUAAUAGGGACUCGCCGUCGGUGGCCACUGCUUCAUCUGCUGCUGGUACACCGACUAAUGCGAACUUGCCUGUGUCUGAUGUUGGAAAUCAGAAAGAAGAAAAGUUUGAGAUAGAUCUGAUGGCACCCCCUCCACAAGUGAGAUCAUCGCCCGAAAGGGAAACCAAGAUUGAUUUGAGUGCUUCUUCCGCCACCGUUGUUGAUCAGAAGCCCCUUUUAUUGAAUCUCGACAAAGAUAUGAAGCCGGUAGUGGUGUCGAAGGAUAACGAGAACGACAAGGGUGAAAGCGGAAACGGGAAUGUUCGUUCGGUGGCUGAAGAAAAGAAAUAUGAGGAGAGUGAAUCUAACAAGACAAUCGAGAACAUGGGGCGGGAUACUGAUUUAAGUCUUGAUUUGGCGGAAAAACAGGGAAGAGAAACUGUGAGCUCUAACGUUAAUGCCAACGAAAACAAAUCACCAAUGCAGAUUGAAAAGCAACAAGUGCCUGCUAAGGCAGCAAGCAAAGAAGAGCCUCCUUCUGAGAAGCCUGGUCAUUCAACAAGCUCACUGCCUUUACCCAUGUCCAUGGCUAGUUGGCCCGGUGGGCUUCCUCCUAUGGGAUACAUGGCCCCAUUGCAAGGUGUGGUCUCAAUGGAUGGAAGUAGUGUGGCACCACCAACUCAUAUACAGCCGCUUUUUUCUCAACCACGACCAAAACGUUGUGCCACACAUUGCCACAUUGCCAGGAACAUACACUGUCUCCAGCAGUUUAUGAAGAUGAACCCUUUCUGGCCUGCUCCAGCUGGGUCGCCCGCUUCUUUAUUCGGAUCGAAACCUUGCAGUCUUAAUGUGGGCCCUCCUCCCCAGGCUGAUUUGAACACUACUGCUUCCAGAGGUGUUAGUGGUAGUAGUAGUGGCCAGGAUAAAGGGCAGGCCCUUGCCGGUGCCCCUAAUAAUGUUGCCCAAGGCCCAUCGUCUCUCGGGCCGACAGUGGUAUCAUCCAUGCACAAGAACAUCAGCCACCAGCAUACUCGAUCUCAACCGCCAAUGCAUACUCAAAUAUCCUUUGGAGGUAAUCAAAAGCAAUCAGUAACCUCACAAGGGCAACAAGCAGUGGCACCGACUUCUAAUAGCAACCAGGUUGGGUCACCCACAACUUCUUCCAUUUCCAAAGGAGCAACUAGUGGGAGCCCGAGGACAACUUCAUCCGCUUCAACAAACAACAAAGUGAGUCACGGGACGUCCUUUUCUACACAGCAGCCCAAAAACUCACCUUCCAUGCCCACCCAGAAAUCGCCCUCAAUUCUCGGAAAUCCUCAUGGGCCAAAAAACCAAAUGCAACAGCAGCAUUCACAGCCCAAGACCAUGCAGCAGCAGCAGCAGCAGCAGGCCCAGCUAUUCUUUUCGAGCCCAUAUACCCAAUCACAGCCUCAUUACUCAAUGGGGACAGCAAGCUCGGCUGCUGCCAGCUCAAGCGGAUACUACAUGACACAAAGACGGCCCACCGGGCCUGACCAGCACCAGCGAGGUCCAGGUGGCAAUCCCAUAAUGUCCUCUAGUGGUGUACUGUCAUUAAGCACUCCCGUUUCAUUGCCUAAUACGAGCACCAAUGACCCAGCUUCAGCAAUUGCAGCGGCUACUUGUAAUGCGAAAGGAGGUUUACAGUUACAGAGCAUGAUGCAUGGGUCCCCAUUUGGUGCCCAGUCGAGCGGGAUUUUGCCAGCUGGAUUCUCGUACGUACAUCCUGUGCCGGCUGGGGUUCAGGUGAAACCUGCUGAGCAAAAGCAGACUACCGGAAAUGACAAUUUGCAUCCAUGGCAGCCUGAGAAGAAAUGA